AUGCCCACGCCGUUCUCCACGCCGCAUUCGGCCCCCGUGCCCCUCCCCGCUCUUUACCUCUACCCUCUCAACGAGUCUUUUGCCCCCAAGCACAUCUCCCUCAUCAACAACCAGCGCGUCAAGAUCGGCCGCCAGACCAAUGCCAAGACCGUACCCGCAGAGCGCAACGGUUACUUUGACUCCAAGGUCCUCAGCAGGCAGCAUGCGGAAGUCUGGGAGGAAGGCGGAAAGAUAUUCAUCAAGGACGUCAAGAGCUCCAACGGUACCUUCAUCAAUGGCGAGCGACUCAGCCCAGAGGGCCUCGAGUCCGACCCGUUCGAGCUCAAGUCGGACGACAUCGUAGAAUUCGGCAUCGACAUUGUUGGAGAAGACAACAAGACGAUCAUCCAUCACAAGGUCGCCGCGCGCGUCAUGUGCGUCUUCACCGAGCAGGACGCGCAGGCUGCCGCACGCGCCGAGGCCGCACAGAACCCGCCCGCAUACGGCACCGUCACUGGCCAGGCGCCCGGCGGCGGCGCGUUCUUCAGCAACGCGCAGCAGCAAGGCGCGAACGGGAAUGCGGCUCAGCAGCGGAGGAUGUCCAUGCAGCCCGGCAUGCUCAAUAUGGGCUCGAUCUCGAAUAUGCGCCCCCCUGGGAAGAGCGGGCUUACGUUUGAUCAUAUCCUUAGUAGAUUGCAGGGCGAGCUGCAGAAGAGUCGCGAUACGGGCGCGGAGCUGCACCAGUUGUCGGGGGCUAUGAAUGAGAUUCAUGAGACCCUCGGUGGGAACCCCCCCGCAAACCUCCCUCCAUAUCCGUCGACUCUUCCACAGAUUAUGCCACCACAAACACAGCAACAACAAGAGGCAGCUUUACAACAACAGCAGCAGCAACAGCAACAGCAACAGCAAGCGUCGUCCGUUCCAGAUUCAGCGUCUACGUUGCACGAGCUACAAUCACAGCUUCGUGAGACGCAGAUCUCGCUGGCCAGUUACGUCGAGAAGAUCCGCGCACUCGAAGGCAGGCUCGCCGAGCACGAUGCGAUCAAGCGCGAGGUGAGCUCUAUGCGGGAGCUGAUGGAAGAGCGCAAACGUGAGAUGGAGUUGUUGCGACGGCAGUCUGGGAGCCCCGCUCAGCCACGUCAUGAGCACUCUCACCAUGACGAGGAGCAGGACGAGCAGUAUAUGUCCGACGAAGACGAUGCGCGGAGCGUUUCUACGGUAACUUCGCACCAUUUAGACCGUGUGGAAGAGGAGGAUGAGGAGCAACUCGCAGUGGAGGACGAGGAUGAUGCGCGGCGCAGGCGAAGAGAAGAGUUCGAUCGCCCGAGGACACCUGAGCCUACCAUGGGCAUGCCCGAGGAUGAUGAUGAGCAAGAACAGACACAUCAUCGCGAAAUUGAAGUGCGGUCACGAUCGCCUUCACCUUCACUUCCAUCUGCACCUGCGCCUGGCCCUCCUCCGGCAGUACCAGAAGACUUCUCUGAGCGAUUGGCGACAUUGUCUCAUCGACUCGAGUCCGCUCUUGCAUUCUCACGAACGCUCGAAGCUCAGCACAGCGUUGCGCAAUCGACCAUCUCAACGUUGGAGUCGAAGGUGACUGCCUUGGAAACUAUGGUCCAGGAGACGCAAGCUCAAGUGCAGUUGCAAAACGAGGCGACACAGCAGCUAGCGGAAGUCGUGAAGAAUGUAGAGCUUCCUACGCAAUCGCCGCAGAUCGCCGAGGAAGAACGUGCUCAGGAGCGAGAUUUCUUGACCAACAUGGUCAGCGAGUGGAAAAAGAGCAUGGAAGAUCAGUGGAGCAGUGCACAGGAGGAGUGGACGGAAGAGCGCGAGCGCCUCCGCCUCGCCCGCGAGGAGUGGGAGACGCGCGUGCGUUCUGUGGAGGACGGGUUCGGAAGUGCCGUCUCGAAGGUAGAGGCAGGCAUCGCUACACUAACGGCGAUGCAGCACUCGCAGCCAAACGGCAGCGCCAAGCUGAACCAUAGUGGCGGUUUGGUCACCCCGCCUAGUCCACGAAGCCUCUCGGCCGAGUCGAGUCGUCCCAGGCAGAGACGAAAACGUGCCAGUUCGUCGAGGGGCCGUUCACGUUCACGCUCACGAUCAGGGUCUCCUGGUGCCAGUUUGGAGGCACACCCCGGGCCGUCGACUUCGUUUGCGUCGGGAGGCGAGGAGGGCCUGCGAUCGUAUCCGAACUCGCAGACGCGCAGGCGCUCGCCGUGGCCUAUGGAUGAUUCGAGUGAUUCGGAGACGCCCUCUGCUCUCGAUGCAAAUGAGCAAUCGAGCAAGGAUGGAAGCAGCUCUGGAAGCAAUGCCCAGGGUAUGCCCUUCCCCAUCACACCGGAGUCGUCGGUACUCAACCAGCCAAUAAUUAAACCUGGCGAUGCACCUGCCACGGCCACAGAACCUCGUGGGAAACCACCUCAUAAGGAGUUGCCGCAGUUCAAUACAUUGUCGACAGUUGUCGGUGUACUUGUUCUCAGUGUGGCAGCUGCGGCAGUGAUAUGGCGCGUAAAACCGGAAACAUGA